GUUCAGACUGAUAUUUCGCUCACCUCGCAUGAACUACGACCAAGAUCAGCUCUACUGGUCAUUGGAAAAUUGUGAAGAUCAUUGUAAAUGCUGGUAAUGGGACCUGUUCAUCAAAGACCCGGGUCACCGUGAAAGUUGCUGAGACAGCUCAACGCUCGGGAUUAAAAUGUGAAUCCGAUCAUCGUCCCAGCAUCUCAUAUGCCAAGGCGUCUUGCCAGAGAUCAAGCAACCAAAAUAUCAUGGCAAUUGAACCACAUCACCCGUUAUGUCUGCACCAUCAAUACCGAAUUUGAACACGCUGCGUAGUGGAGGCUUGCGAGGUCGAGGAAGAGGGCGGGGUGGUGCUGCGGCUGGUCCUCCGGGUAGUCAAAGGACGGCUCUACAUGAUGAGGUCGUACAAAACACCGACAACGAUGCGGCAACUUCUCGUUUGAGCGCGGUCAAUGCAGGAUACCUCGAAGAUCCCUUCGCUGGCCUACUGACACUUGGGGAUGCUGUGUCAAGACGAUUACCGCUGAUGAAUCGAGGCACCUAUGCACGUACAACUGGGAUUGACAGCAUUGUCGACACAUUUUUGGCGACAGGAGGAAACGCCCGCAAGCAGAUUAUAUCACUUGGAGCAGGCAGCGAUACACGAUUUUUCCGCUUGAAGCAAAAGCGUCGGGACCUAAAUCUUGCCUACCACGAGAUCGACUUCGAGAGCAACACCAAAAAGAAGAUUGCCCGCCUGAGAAGCCCACCCUUUUCCCGUGCCGCAAAGACACUCGCAUCUGUGGACAUGGAAGCUGCGGACCUUGUGGUCUCCGAGGACGGCGCGACAUUGUCAUCGCCAGACUAUACCGUCCUCCCGCAAGAUCUACGGCAGCUCCAGCACGGUAACGGGACCUUGGGGAGCGUCGAUAAAAAUCUAUCAACUCUGAUCAUCUCGGAAUGUUGUCUCAUCUACCUUUCACCGCAACAUGCAGAUGCCGUCCUGCAAUACUUCUCCGACCUUUUUCCGACAAGCACGCCUUUGGCGAUGGUGAUAUAUGAGCCUAUCCGACCUCACGAUUCGUUUGGCAGGACAAUGGUCAGUAACCUUUUGAGCAGAGGUAUCCACCUGCAGACUCUGGAGAAGUAUGCCGGUUUGGAGGAGCAAAGUCAGAGAUUGCAAAAGCAUGGGUUCAAGGCCAGCAGUGAUGGGACGACAGGAAGUUCGGAGGCGGUUGACGUCGACUUCAUAUGGCGAGAAUGGAUACCCACAGAGGAGAAGGAACGGAUUGAGGGUCUGGAGUGGAUGGACGAAGUUGAAGAAUUUGUUCUCUUUGCCAAACACUAUUGCAUCUGCUGGGGCUGGCGGGGAUAUCAAGGGAGUGAAAGUGACCUGUGGCAUAGGUUACCCAGUCCAACGAGCAAAGCAUGAUGGGCACCAU